CAAGGUGUUACCAUUUUAACUUCCGGGCUCCUCCAAUUUUCUUAUCUUCCUUCUACAGUUUGAGUAACAAAAACUUAUUGAGAGACCUUCUUGAGAAAAUCAAUGGUGGAAGUUUUGGCGAUGUGGAUGCAGUUGUACUGAUCGGGAUUGGCCUCUCCCCAUCCAUCGAGCAGCACCAUGCCCAAAAUCUUCCCUUUCAGGAUCUUUAGGUGGUCCGACAGUUUCCAUGAGAACCCUCACCUCUCAUCUCUUUCUCUGUUGUUUCUUCUGAAAUGAAUGAAUCUAAAUCAAAUCUAAAAAAUAAAAAAAUCAGACCGAGAUACAAUAUUAUGAAGGUUAAAGGGUGUAUGUAUAGAACAAGAUUUGACUCCGUGAGAGAAGGUUAAGCAAGAAAACUAGAUGCUUCACCCACCCAACCCCAUUUUUUCUUCAGAUUUCAAAAUUAGGGUUAGGGUUUAAUACAGAAGGAGCAGAGAAUGGAUGUCACAUCUCUGCUUUGUGCUCUUCAAUCUUCUUCACUGUGAGUUGUAGACAUUAGUGGGUUGUGAAUCUUUGAGAGAGAGAGAGAGAGGGAGAGAGAGAUGGGGGUGAAGGCAUGGUUGUCAGGAAUGGUGCCAAUUGCAGCUAUGGUGAUGGUGGAGUGCCUUGACGUCGGGUUGACCACACUCAGCAAAGCAGCUAUGUCCAGAGGAAUGGAUCGCUUUGUCUUUGUUGUCUACUCCAAUGCUUUUGCCUCCCUCAUCCUCUUCUCUAUAUCCUUCAUCUUCCUCAGAACAAAGAGACCUCCUCUAAGUUUCUCUCUCCUCUGCAAAUUCUUCCUCCUCAGCCUGGCUGGGAUUACUGUGAUGCAGAACUGUGUAUUCACAGGCGUAAGCUACGGUUCACCAACGCUUGGCUCUGCUAUGAGCAACUUGAUCCCUGCUUUCACUUUCUUGCUUGCUGUUGCUUUCAGAUUGGAGAACUUGGAUUUGAGAAGCUCAAGAAGCCUGAUAAAAAUCCUGGGCACCCUGGUGUCAAUCUCGGGAGCACUGAUCGUAACCCUUUACAAGGGUCCUCCCAUUGGUGCCGGAUUGAUUAAAUCCCCAUCAAUCUCCUCCAACGACCAUCUUCAGAAAACUGCAAACAAUUGGGUUAUUGGAGGCCUUUUCUUUGCUAUGGCUGGUCUUUCAAUUUCAGUAUGGAACAUUUUCCAGGCACCAAUUCUGAGAAGGUACCCAUCAGAGAUUACCAUAGUUUCCUUUUUCACAUUGUUUGGGGCAAUUCAAUGUGCGGCAGUUGCUUUGAUUGCAGUGAAAGACUCGAAUGCUUGGAAACUAAGGCCCGAUUUUGAACUCAUCACUAUAAUCUACUCCGCUGUUUUUGGAGGUGUAGUGUCAUUUUGUGUACAAACAUGGUGCAUAAAGAGGAAAGGGCCUGUUUUUGUGGCAAUAUUCAAGCCCUUGGGCAUCGGAAUUGCUGCCAUAAUGGGUGUCAUCUUUCUUGGCGACACUCUCUACAUUGGAAGUGUUAUAGGAGCAAUUAUAAUCGUCACAGGUUUUUAUGGAGUGAUGUGGGCGCAAACCAAAGAAGGCGAAAAGGGUGAAGCCCAAGAAGUUGAUGGGCUGCCGUCAACCUCAGAUAAGGCCCCUCUGCUGCAGAGCCGCAGAGAUGAACAAAAGUGGUCGGAUUAACUCUGGAUGCAACCAAUAAUAAACCAUCCAUGUACACAAAAUCAUGUUUAUUCUAUUCAUAAUAUGUUCCUGAUUGUCAUUGAAGCUCUGUAAGUGCCCUCUAGAACCCAAAUUUUUUAAUAUAACCAAGUUUCUUUACCCUUUGAAUGGUCA